AUGGUUUGGAACAUCCGCGGGCUUACGGAUGAUUCUAAGCUCCUUCUUAAAGAGCAUUGCUGCUCUUUUAAGCCUCUUAUUUUGGGUUUGCUGGAACCCAAAACUGAUUUUACUAAGCCUUCUUUAGCUGCUAAUGUGGUCUUUUCUUCUCCUCAAGUGGCGAUUGUUGAUUGUCAUUGGCAGAACAUGGAUUUCCGUCUGGCCAUUAUCCAUGGUUCUAACGAUCCUGGUGAGCGUCGGACUCUUUGGACUAUUCUUCUUCAUUUUGCGCAGGGCAACACGGUUUUCAUCGGCGAUUUUAAUGCGGUCAAAGGGUCGCAUGAGCGUAUUAGUGGGGUGCUUCCGCCUAGGGGGGCUUGCAGAGACUUCUGCCGGUUCAUUGAAGACUCGGGUUUCAUUGAAUCUCCCACUUCGGGCCUUCGUUUUACUUGGUCUGGGCGCCGACUUUUGCCUCACCAUGUAGAAUCUCGCCUCGACAGGGCCCUUUUCUCCACUUCGUUUGCAAAUCUCUGGGGAACGAUUAACACGCAUGCUCUUCCUCGCGCUACUUCGGAUCACUCCCCCAUCGUCUUACAGUGUCGUUUCGCUGCUCCUCCGACUAAAAGAUCUUUUAAGUUCUUGAACAUGUGGACGUCUCAUCCGAAUUUCCUGGAUGCCGUGGCUGAUUCUUGGAACAUGGGUGUUGAUGUGAGAUGCCCUAUGUUAUCGGUUAUGUUGAAAUUAAAACGCUUAAAAGGGGUUUUACGUUGCUGGAAUAAGUCGGUGUUUGGGAAUGUGGACUCGGCCAUUGCCCAAACUCAACAUGAUUUAUCUGAUAUUCAGGCGACUAUUGCGGAUUUGGGUUACAAUGAUAGCAGAUUUGAUGCGGAAGUCAGUUGCGAAGCUAAGCUUAAUAGAUUUUUAUCGCAAAAAAACAGUCUCCUCCAGCAGAAGAGUAGAAUCGCAUGGCUCAUGGAUGGUGAUAAAAACACGAGCUUUUUUCACAACAUGCUCAAGUUCAGGAAAGAUAAGCUUCAUAUUGGGCAUUUGCGGAUUGGCAAUGAUAUUGUUUACGACUCGAAGCUCAUUGAGCAGCACAUUAUUGGUCACUUUUCUUCUUUAUUCACUAACACGACCUCUGAUGUGGUGGAUUUGGCGGCUUUAGAGGCUAACGUGGAUUUGGUUAUCACUGAGGAGCAGAAUAAGGGACUUGUCUCUAUUCCGGACGACACGGAAAUCACUGCGGCUGUCUUUAGCCUGGAUGGUAAUAGCUCUCCUGGACCGGAUGGAUUUUCCGGCUUGUUUUUCCAAAACUGCUGGAGUUUGAUUAAGAAUGAUGUCAUCAAGGCGGUCAAGAGCUUCUUCUUGCACACGUAUUUACCUGUGGGGUGUAAUGCUAACACCUUGAUUUUGAUUCCGAAAAAAGAUCUGGUGGAGUCGGUUUCUGAUCUCAGGCCCAUUAUCUUGGCGAAUUUCCUGUUCAAAAUCAUCUCUAAGGUUCUUGCGUCCCGGCUCAGUUCGGUGGCAGCGGCUUCUGUUUCGCCAAAUCAGUUUGGCUUUAUUUCUGGGAGAUCCAUCCAUGAUUGCAUUGCGAUGGGUUCGGAAGGCUUCAAUACCAUGAAUCGUAUUAAUCGUGGGUCAAACUUUGCCUGUAAAAUAGACAUCCAUAAGGCUUUUGACACCAUGCGCUGGGAUUUCAUCUUUGCUGCUCUCCGCGCCAUGGGGUAUCACGAUCAGUUCAUUCGUUGGAUCGAGUGUUCUCGUGGGGUUAGGCAGGGCGAUCCUCUCUCCCCUAUCCUUUUCGGUAUUGCCGAGGAUGUUCUUAGCCACAUUAUCAGGAAUUGCGUUACCUCGCGUCAUUUGGUGCCCAUGGGUUUUGAUAGAGUGUCGGAUUUCCCGACACAUCUUUUCUAUGCGGACGAUGUGCUUAUUUUUUGCCGUGCUUCUGUCAGGAACGCGAAGAAAAUUAAGCAUAUCUUGGACUUCUAUGGGGAGCUUUCGGGCCAGAUUUGCAGUCAAGCGAAGUCUAGAAUCUUCUUUGGUCGUGGGGUGUCCUAUACUAUGAUGCAGGGGAUCAAUAGAGUUCUGGGUUUCACUCAGGGAUCUCUCCCGACCACGUAUUUGGGCGUCCCUCUCUUUGUGGGGAGACCGCGUGCUUCUUACUUCAUGAGUAUCAAAGAGAGAAUUGUGCAGAAAUUUUCUAAAUGGAAGGGAUUACAGCUAUCCAUGGCGGGUCGUCUCUGUCUUGUCAACUCUGUGAUUAGAAGCUCUAUUGUUCACUCGAUGAUGGUCUUUCGCUGGCCGAGAUCGCUCCUCCACGACCUGGAUAGAAGUUGCCGCAACUUCAUUUGGUCGGGCUCCAUCGAUAAAAAACUGACCUGUGCCGUGAGUUGGGGUCGGUGUUGCGCUCCCAAGGAGGAAGGAGGCCUGGGAGUUCGGUCCUUUGCGGUGAUGAAUCGCUGCUACAUGAUGAAGAUGGCCUGGAAGUUGCUAAAGGGUGAGGAUUUUAUUUUCCGAAUUCUCCGAUCUCGUUAUUUGAAUAGUUUUGGCUUGGCUAAGGCGUCGGUGGUGGGUUCUUCUUUUUGGCUGAGUGUCAAACCGGAGGUUGAUGAGUUAGUGGAGAAUUCUUAUGCUCUUGUGGGUAACGGGCAGCACACCCGUUUUUGGACGGAUGAUUGGCUCGGUUACAAAAUUUGUGAUAAAAUCGCCAUUCCUUCCUUCAUGCACGAGUUUUUGCAUCAAUCGGUGGCUGAUUAUUUUAGCGAUGGUGUCUGGCACUUCUCGGCGAAUUUUAUUGAAUGCUAUCCUGAGGUGGUGGUGGAUAUCAUCACCUGCCAGCUCGUGGGGGAGAAAGAUGGUCGGUUUUGGAAACCGUCUCUCCGUGGGGAUGUGACCGCGGCUUUGGCUUUUGCCCAAAUUGGGCAUCGUUUCCCUAAGGUUAUUUGGGGUUCCUGGAUCUGGAAUAAGGUUAUUCCGGUGAGACGUUCGAUUACUUGCUGGCGUAUCAUUCAUGGGCGCCUCCCUACGAUGGAUAAAUUGGUGCGGAAUGGUCUUAUUGCCCCGAAUCGUUGCAGUUUGUGCAUGGCGGAUGCGGAGAAUCUCGACCAUAUUUUCUGGAGCUGUCCCAGUGUGACUCCGAUUUGGAAUGAGUUCCUCACGUGGUUUCAUAUGCCACAUCUUAUGGCUUGUGUGGACAUCAACUCUUUCUUAGUUCAGACGUGGCAAGUUUCUUUCUGUUCUUUUAUUCAGAACUUUUGGAAGCUGGGGAUUGCUAACAUUUUAUGGUGUAUUUGGUCGUUACGUAAUAAAGCUAUUUUUGAAGACCAACCUUUUGAGCAGCGACGCGUCUUAGCGUUUGCAAAGGCGUCAUUCAAAGAAGUGGAUGAGGCGUUCCCUAAACUUGGCCAUACUUCUAACUUGUGGUCUGAUUAUCUGAUCACUCGUUCCAUAGGGGUUUCCAUGCGGGCUGCCCCGCCUCCGAAUUUUGUUAGCGUCAGCUGGUGGCCUCCGGUGGAGGAUUGGAUCAAGGUCAAUACUGACGGGGCAGCGUCAGGUGCUCCAGGCGAUAUUGCGGCUGGGGGGGUUUAUCGGGAUAAGUUUUGUGUUGUCAGAUGCUGUUUUCACUUGAAAGGUGGCAAGGGUUAUGCUUUUGAGGCGGAGUUACUUGCCGUUAUCACCGCGGUUGCCAUUGCGCACUCGCGUGGGUGGCACAAACUUUGGUUGGAGGCGGAUUCUCUAUAUGUGGUGAAGCUUCUGGAAGAUCGCUCGUUGGCUGUUCCCUGGCGUUUUUAUGCGGCUUGGAAAAUCACUUUAGCUCGCCUUAAUGACAUAACUUUUCGUGUUUCUCAUAUCUUCCGUGAAGGGAAUGCCGUGGCAGAUGCUAUGGCCAAUUUAACGCAGCCAGAGGGCUGGUGGCCGUUUGGGAUUGAAGCUAUUCGGAAGCUUGUGGUUGCGGACAUCGCAACGCACAGCUUCUCUAGGAAGGUUCGGUGA